GGGACGCUUCCCGCGGGCGCGCGGAGCGAGGAAGGUGACAGCCACGCGCGCACGUGCGCGCCUGGCUGCAGCGCGUCCCUGAGACCUCCAUCAGUCGCCGAGAGGCGCGCCGGAUCUGGGACCCAGCCGUCUAGGGGCCCCGUCCUCGGGUGACCCCAGUGUCCCCGGCCCGAGUCCCAGAGCGCCAGGCCGGUUCCACCCCGUCGGUCCCCUCUCGCGUUUGUUCCCCACGGCCGUCAAGGCCUGCUCUCCAACUCCCCUUUUCUGCUCCCGGGGCAGGGUCCUCGCGGCCCAUGCUGGCCGCUGGGGGCCCGCGCCGUCCAGACAGUUUUCGGGCUGGCCGGCCGGGCACCAUGGUGGCCCUGAGGCCUGUGCAGGUCCUCCAGGGGGGCUAACAGUCCCAGAGCACAGGCCUCGGGAAGCUAGGGUCCCGGGCCUGAGCCCCGCACCAUGGCCGGGGCCAUCGCUUCCCGCAUGAGCUUCAGCUCCCUCAAGAGGAAGCAGCCCAAGACGUUCACCGUGCGGAUUGUCACCAUGGACGCCGAGAUGGAGUUUAAUUGCGAGAUGAAGUGGAAAGGGAAGGACCUAUUUGAUUUGGUGUGCCGGACCCUGGGGCUUCGGGAAACCUGGUUCUUUGGACUGCAGUACACCAUCAAGGACACCGUGGCCUGGCUCAAAAUGGACAAGAAGGUGCUGGAUCAUGAUGUUUCAAAGGAAGAGCCAGUCACCUUUCACUUCCUGGCCAAAUUUUAUCCUGAAAAUGCCGAGGAGGAGCUGGUUCAGGAGAUCACGCAACAUUUAUUCUUCUUGCAGGUAAAGAAGCAGAUCUUAGAUGAAAAGAUCUACUGCCCUCCUGAGGCUUCUGUGCUGCUGGCUUCCUACGCCGUCCAGGCCAAGUACGGUGACUAUGACCCUUCUGUUCACAAGCGGGGAUUUUUGGCCCAAGAGGAAUUGCUUCCAAAAAGGGUAAUAAAUCUGUAUCAGAUGACUCCAGAAAUGUGGGAGGAGAGGAUUACAGCCUGGUACGCAGAGCACCGAGGCCGAGCCAGGGACGAAGCUGAAAUGGAAUAUUUGAAGAUAGCUCAGGACCUGGAGAUGUAUGGCGUGAACUACUUUGCAAUCCGGAAUAAAAAGGGGACAGAGCUGCUGCUUGGAGUGGACGCUCUGGGGCUUCACAUCUAUGAUCCCGAGAACAGGCUGACACCCAAGAUAUCCUUCCCCUGGAAUGAAAUCCGAAACAUCUCGUACAGUGACAAGGAGUUUACUAUUAAACCAUUGGAUAAGAAAAUUGAUGUCUUCAAGUUUAACUCCUCAAAGCUUCGUGUUAACAAGCUGAUUCUUCAGCUGUGUAUUGGGAACCAUGACCUUUUUAUGAGGAGAAGAAAAGCCGAUUCUUUGGAAGUUCAGCAGAUGAAAGCCCAGGCCAGGGAGGAAAAAGCUAGAAAGCAGAUGGAGCGGCAGCGCCUUGCCCGAGAGAAGCAGAUGAGGGAGGAGGCUGAACGCACACGGGAUGAGCUGGAGAGGAGGCUGCUGCAGAUGAAAGAAGAAGCGACGAUGGCCAAUGAAGCACUGAUGCGGUCUGAGGAGACGGCUGACCUGUUGGCGGAAAAGGCCCAGAUUACCGAGGAGGAGGCAAAGCUCCUGGCACAGAAGGCUGCAGAGGCCGAACAGGAAAUGCAGCGCAUCAAGGCCACGGCCAUUCGGACAGAGGAAGAGAAGCGCCUGAUGGAGCAGAAGGUGCUGGAGGCCGAGGUUCUGGCGCUGAAGAUGGCUGAGGAGUCGGAGAGGAGGGCCAAGGAGGCUGACCAGCUGAAGCAGGACCUGCAGGAAGCCCGUGAGGCAGAGCGAAGAGCCAAACAAAAGCUGCUGGAAAUCACCACCAAGCCCACGUACCCGCCCAUGAACCCAAUUCCAGCACCGUUGCCUCCUGACAUAUCAAGCUUCAACCUCAUUGGCGACAGUCUGUCUUUCGACUUCAAGGACACUGACAUGAAGAGACUUUCCAUGGAAAUAGAGAAAGAAAAAGUGGAGUAUAUGGAGAAGAGCAAGCAUCUGCAGGAGCAGCUCAAUGAACUCAAGACUGAGAUUGAGGCCCUGAAACUCAAAGAGAGGGAGACAGCCUUGGACAUUCUGCACAACGAGAACUCUGACCGGGGCGGCACCAGCAGCAAGCACAAUACCAUUAAAAAGCCUCAAGCCCAAGGCAGAAGACCUAUCUGCAUUUGAGCCCUCAAACUCACAUUGCAGAGCGCCAAGUCCCGAGUGGCCUUCUUUGAAGAGCUCUAGCAGGUGACUCCGCCACCCCAGGAUCUACCACCUCUGCUGCUCCCAGCUCCGGCAGGAUGGGUCAGACACCAUGGGAGCCACCCGCAGGUGGGCUGGCUGGGAGCUUCCGUGGGAGCUCCAGAACUCUCCCCAGCUGCGUGGAGAGCCCAACCCCCUUCACGUGCAAUUGCCUUGAACUGUGACCCUGCAGAGAUUUUUCUCAGAGGGUUUUAGUUCUCCUGACCUAAGUCUUUAAAGUCCUUAAGAAGUGUUUGUGUUUUCUUGUCUAAUGUGUGAUCCCAUACUUCAUCAGACACACCCUGAUGUGUGUGUGUGUGUUACUGUUCAGUGCUGACCUCCCAGCCCAGGCUGGGCAGUGGUUGCAGGGAGUGAAGUGCACAGCCCCCUGGAGACCAAGAGGCUGGUGCCACAACCCCCACUCCCGGGUUUCCAGAAGGCUCGUUUCCUCCACUGGUGAGGAACUGGCCUAAGGGGCAUGGCCCACCCGAGCCCGGGCCCACAGCGGCCUGCCUGCUGCACUCAUCGGCGAGCUCGCCCGCAGCCCAGGCACCCCUACAGCAGGCUCUGGCUGCCAGGUGGUCUGGAGCGGGAAAGGCCACCAUGAGUGGGAGACAUGGCAGAAGCUGCGACAAUGGGCUGGCUGCCAGCAGAGGUCACCGUGUAGGAACCUGCACCCUACAGAAUACGUGCUGCUCCUUCUCCUGCCUCCCCAAACCAGGGUCUGAGGGGCAGGUGGGAGCCACUUGUCUUUUUUGCCCUGCUUUGGCCUCAGCCCCUCCUGCUGGGGAAGCUGGGGGACCCCCUGGGGGUGCUCCAGUCAGCACCCGGUAGCCCCGCCAUGACCUAGGGCUCUGGGGCUCCACAGAUGCUUCUCAGCGGCCCAAACGCUGAGCUCGCCCCAGGCUGCCUCGCGGACCCGAGUCACCUUUCCCCCUGGCCGCCUGCCAGCCAGCCCGCCCUAGCCCAUUGUUGUCCCCGGGCCUCCUUUUGCUGUUGCCCUUGUCCCCCGGAGGGCCCUUUAUUUUAUGUUCCCUCAUGGGCCAUACAGGGUCCCUUUGCGCCCCUCCCAGAGCCAGCUGGCAUGCGACUACCCACCCACACCGGGCAGCAGGUCGUAGACCACCCCUGUGGCCCACACUGGCUCCUUGGUGUGGGGCCACUUUCUUGCCCUUUCUUUGUUCUGUGGCUUGGUGGUGCUGCUGUGACCCACUGAGCCGUUCAGGUCCUGCCAGUGGGGCUGCUCCUCAGAGCAGGUGAUAAGCCUUAACCAGGGAAAAGGCUCUGACACGUGAGGGCCAGGAGCGAUUCCGAGAGCUCACGUGGUCUCUGGCAAUCAGUCCUGUGUGGUUUGAAACUGACACGCUCACAGAGAGCCUGCCUUUUUUCUAUGGCCAGGCUGACCGAGCGAUGUCCUGGGCAGCCUGCCACCUUCUUGGGCCACCUUGCCCCAAGGAAGCCAGCCCUGUGUUUCACCCCAGCCCCUUUAGGACACGCAGGAUAGGACUCCACAUCUGGACACUAAGCAUGGAUGGCUGUGGCUGAACGAGUUCCUUUGUGUCUCCCUGUCCCUCAAAGGCCUCGUCCCUGGAGACAGGGACGUCCUCAUUUGUAAUGUGAGGUCUGGCUCUCACGCUGGGGCUCUGUUUCCUGGGCUCACUCAUUUCUGAGUCUCCAGGAGCAUCACUUCCCUCCUGACCUGUACAUUUCAUCCGUAACUGGCUGUGGGCACAGGCGCAUGGUGGUGGUUUAUAAAAACAUCGUCAGGCUUUUUAAAAACUAUUAUUUAACUGCCGUCUGUAUGUCUGAAGUCUGGGAAGUGCCAAGCUGUGUGGCCACGAGAAAGCCAGGCUGGUGUCUGGAGCUGUAGCAGGGACUGCGGAGCAGACCCGGGGGCCGGCAGGGCCUUGCCCAGCAAGGAACACAGGGCCCUCCUGGGAGGUGAGAGCCGGCGGACGCCUGCCAAAGACGGGUGGGCGGGGAGGACAGGGCCUUCAGCCAGGCCUCGAGCCCCAGGAGAAGGAGAAAGGAGGAAAGAGGAGGUUGGUUUUCACAUACUUGUGCCUGUGUUCUUUUUAAGUGAACAUUUUUAGGACUGGGAGCCUAUCAAGUAAGGAAGCCUCUCUCUCCACUGAGAGCAGGGCUCCGGCCAUGAUUAUUUCAUUAUAAGCACUUCCGAGGUUCUCAGGCAAACGUGCCAUUCAUGAAGUCGCUGCCCAGCCGUGACACUCCGUGAGGCUGCGCCGUCAGCACCAGCUGUCCCACACAAACCACCUUGUUCAUCCUGACUGAGGCCCUGCCUCAGCCACAGCAACGCUCCGACCUGUGGUACCGCCUCAAUUAUUCAUGUACCCACGAGGCCCUGCGAGACACACCCGUGGCAUUACAUAACACUUCUUAAGUGACUGCCUUUUGUAUUCUUGGGGGCAGGUUUCUCUCUCUCUCUCUCUCUCUUUCAAAUCAAAACGGCAAGUCCAGAGGCUGACAACCUCAGACAGUGACUAAGGUGAUUAAGUGUUGCCCACGACAGAGCUGGAGCUUCACAGCCCUGGAGGGGCGGCCUUGGCAGGGAGGCAGCCUCUCCCAGCUGCCCCGGGGCCAGACUGUGGGCUCCCAGGGAAGCUCCGUCCCUUUUCAAAGACGUCAAACCCCACCUCUUGCUGUGGGGCUUCAGUUUUAUCUUCUGUCAGGGCCAGACCCUGGAAUACUAUUUUCUGUUUUGGGAGAUUGUUGUAAUUUAA